GUUUAAAGAAUGGCGACCAUUUGGAUAGUGUGUUUCUUUUCUUGCGUAUUCUUUACAAGUUCGCUUUACACAGAUUUGAACAAAAUUGAAUGGGGCAGUGAUCAAAUAUAUAUGCAUGAACAAAUCCUUAAAUUACAGCAGGAGGUAGAGCAAUUACGCGAGGAUAACAAGCAAAUACGCCAGGAUAGCAAAGAAAUCAGAGAGCUAUUGACAAAAACAAAGAAUAUCAGUCGUUCAUGUACAUGUAAUAGAACUCCCUUUGAUUGUUCGGACAUUUACAAGAAUGGCGAAAGGAAGACGGGAAUUUACACGAUAUACCCAUUUGGUGAAAACAGCAAUGGCCUCUCCGUGCUUUGCAGAAUGGAUUCCCAUUUAGGAGUCAGAACGGUGGUGCAGUACAGGGGCAAUCCCCAUAUGAAUUUCAAUGUAACAUGGGAGGACUACAAGCGAGGUUUUGGGGAUGUUCGAGAUGCUUACUGGCUCGGAAAUGAUGCUAUUCAUGAAUUGACAACAACUUUCCAAUACGAUCUGCAUGUGUACAUAAAUGCACAGUUCAAUGUCUUCACUUAUGGAGUAAAGUACAGCUCAUUUUCCAUCUCUGCUGAGACUGAUGGUUAUAGACUUUCUUUAGGAAAACAAUCGGGAAAUCUCAAAAAUAAAACUGUUAUGUUCCCUACCAGAAUAGACAUAACUAUAGAUGCGUUUACUGGGAUAAGACACAAAAAAUGAGGACUUUGCAAUUUGUAUAUAUUUUGCUUUCUCUAAGGGAAGCAUUUGGACACUUGAAUUUAGCUGAAAAUGACACAAUGGAAAACGUAGAGGUAUUGCCCAGUACAACAUCUGACAAAGCAUCUAGCGUUCUUAGGGAUAUUUUGAAUCAAGAAACAUUAGUGCGUUUUUCAAUGGUACAAAAAAUUCAGAGUUUAGUGAUGGAUGCAUUAGAUAGAAAAAACACUACCAAAGUUAUGAAGGCAACACUUCUUGACGUGAUAAAAGAAGUCCGAAUUUUGGAGGAAAAAGAAAAGAGAAUGAAAGACGACAAUUUGAAACUCAAUCAAAAGCUUGUGUCUAUUCAAGCAACGGUAACUGAAAGAGAAAAACUAGAUAAGUUUCAAACUGUGAAUGUACUUUCUUUACAAAAUGAAACCAAUGAUUUACAUCAGAGGAUUAAUCAAAUAAACAAAACAAUGAACAAACUGGAGGAUAGCCUUGCGAUAUUGUCCAGUUCAUUUUAUGAAGAAUUACAGGAUAUUCGUGAGGAUCAAAAUUCAUCAAAAAUGGCACUUCUAAACAUUUCCUCCGAACGUUCAUCAGUUUGUGAGACUGGAUGGAUUCCAUAUGGUGACCAUUGCUACUACUUUUCUAGGACAACAACAAUAUUUCAGGAUGCAAUUACAAGUUGCUAUGGAAUGGGUUCAACGCUAGUAGAGCCAAAUACAAUUGCAGAGGAAAGAUGGAUGCUACUUCAGGGUGUUGUUACAGGCAUUAAAUACAUAUGGAUAGGCGUCACAGAUUUGCUUCAGAAUCACAGAUUUGAGUAUAUCUCUAACGGCAACGAUGUUCAGGAAACGUACAACAACUGGGAUAAAACAUUAGGCCAGCCUAACAAGGGGAACACAGAACAUUGCGUUGGUCUCGCUACUCAGUAUAAAGGAUGGCAUGAUUUUUCGUGUGACAGGAAAUUUCAUUUUGUAUGCACCAGACGGAAAAAUUAGUUAUGGCCAAUUUAAUAAAACAUGAACAUUUACAUGUAAAUAAAUAUUUGUUGAAAGAAAAAGAAGAAAUUAUUUGUCCACCUUACAUGCUAUAUGUCCAGUACAGAGGGUAUUUUAGGUGAGACUAUAAAAGGAAAAUUUUCGUCCCCUUUUGUGUUCGCCCAUUUCGCCCUUAGCUCUAGUGGGCAAGUUUAAAACAGAACAGUUCCAAGAAUACAGUAUAGUUUCUUUUACAAAAGUGUGACCGGCGAAAUUAAGGUCUCACACAAAGGAAACAUUUUCACUGUAUGUUACUAUAAAGCUUUAAUCAAAUUAAAUAUAAAUUUAUAUUAAAUAAUUAACUAGACUCUGAUCAGAUAACGUAAUUCAUUGAAUAGAAAAUGAAGAUUAAUCCUGAGACAAAAGUUUGAGAUCAGAAAAAAACGCCCUAUGCAAGAAAGAAAAUUGAGAGUAAACAUACAUACCCCGAAAUACACAUGGGUUUCAGAUGUUGACAAGCAGUCUACACACCAUCCAGGAAGUUGCAUCAUGCGCACCUAAAAAAACGUUCCUUUUAAUUCCAUGGCACAAUGCUGCUAAAGAUAUGACAUUCCUAGUACAUGACUCCAAAAUUAAAGUUGCAGACCGGAUAAAAAAUUUCCGAAAAUGUCUUUGAGUUAUUUUAUUUUUCAUAUACUAGUGCAUCAUUUUUUUUCUUGGUCCAUAAGGGGGUGGAAAUAGGAGACAACUCUUCCAUACAGAUUGUUGGGAUUUCGGCUAAAUUUCUGUACAAGUUCAUCAAUAUACAUCUAAUGAGUGAAUUAUUGAGGAAAACAAUGGAAUGAAAUGCAAGUCACUUCUUUGUGAUCACUUUUUGUCUGCCUUUAUACAUGUAGCUUAUAAACUUUAUAUAUGUAUCUCUGUAUCCUUGUUCUUUUUUUAUUUCGUCCUUCUCUUAACACCUCUGUUCUAUUGAAAUUCUAGGAUUU